AUGAAGGUGUUCGUCUCUGAAUUACGUACUGACAAAUUAUUUACCAUUGAGAUCGAUGCAGAGACCUUCGAAACCUACAUUGUGGUGUUGAAAAGAUGCGGCGGAACGUAUGUCCAUGGUACAAUGCGUCACUGGGAUCUGCAGCUUAAUGUCGAGGGAAUUGAAGACGAAGAAGAUAUCCGAAGUAACUGGCCUGGUUAUGACGAGCUAGCUACAGAGAUACAACGAACCCUCUACAUUCCUCCUGGAAACGAGAAACCAAAUCACGCCCUUAAACUUCCGAAGCAUAUAAUGGACCAUUUCAUUGUCUAUCAUCUUAAGAUUCGCAAGACUAGAAGUUAUAUCAGUCCUGAUGGAAACUCUAAACUGAAUAUCACAGAGGUGGAUAAAUCUCGUGGUCACGAAUUGCAGGUUAAAGAUCAAGGAAUCUUGGUGUAUGUUUUCCAAGAGGAGAAAAGAGAUCUCAACGUCGAGACGAAUUGGCAAGAAGUUUCCAUUACAUCUGUGGCGAUGGACAAACUUCUUGAACAGAAUAUGACACUCGAGCUUGGCGAGGAGAUGGACGGUGUUGGUUUCUAUAACGAUGGUCAGGAUCUCGGUCAAGUCUUCAAGUCUUAG